CAAACUAUUUUCUAAUUAUAUUUAUUAUUAUCAUCAUCAUCAUUGAAAUUAAUUUCUCAAUUAAAAAUUAAUCAAUCCAACCUCAUAUGGCACCGAAUGCUAUUAUAAUCGGAGGAUCUCGUGGCAUUGGAUUUGCUAUUGGUAAAAAAUUUCUGGAAAAUUCAUUCAAUGUAACACUUGUAUCGAAAAAUGAAGAAAAUUUAGUCAAAAGUGCAGCAACCUUAAAAAAAUAUUUCCAUAAACAGAAUCAUUCGAAUGAUGUUUGUAUUGAUUAUCAGAUUUGUGAUGUAUCCAAUGAAAACAAUGUCAUUCGAACAUGUCAAACGUUGAAUGAGAUGGUGAAUAAAAGAAAUGAACAAAUUGAUGUUCUAGUCAAUUCGGCCGGUAUAACAUUAAACAAAUUAUUAUUUUCAACGAAACUUGACGAUAUUUAUAAUGUGAUAAAUACAAAUUUAAUUAGUGCCAUUCUAAUCACAAAAUUAUUAAGCAAACAAAUGGUUAGACAAAAAAAUGGUUCAAUCAUCAAUAUUGGCAGUAUAGUUGGUUCUCAUGGAAACAUUGGCCAGACUGUCUAUUCCGCUUCCAAAGCUGGACUUAUUGGAUUCACCAAAUCAUUCGCUAAAGAAUUGAGUGCAAAAAAUGUCCGUGUCAAUAUGAUUUCGCCAGGAUUCAUCAAUACUGAUAUGACUAAUUUGAGUAUGAAAGCUGAACAGAUACAAAAUUAUGAAAAAAUAAUUCCAUUGCAAAGAAUUGGCUCAGCAGAAGAAGUGGCCAACGCCGUCUAUUUUCUUGGUACAUCAUCAUUUAUUACGGGAACCAUUAUGGUCGUAGAUGGUGGAUUAAAUUUAAUGUUUUAAAAAAAAUUUAAUUUGUAUCUUUGUAUGAAUUUUAAAAAUUCAAUCAAUCUUUAUGAAUUAAAAGUGGUAGUCUUAUUCAUUGCA